UGCUGACCACCAAUCAAAUUUGUCGUCUCGGCAGCAGAUCCACACGAGCGAUGGCCACCAAGAAGCUGAAGCCCGCCGCGUCUGCGGCUUCCGUUCCUGCCACUGCUGCGUCAAAGGAUGACUCAGAGGAUGCGGCAUCGACCACUAGCACCUCCGCCACGUCAGACUCUCGCAACGCGUUCUUGAAGGUCUUUUGGGAUCUGGCCGAAUUGAACCCAUCGACCCGCGUGGCCGCCGUCGAAUCCAUUGUGCAGCACCUGACCCAAGCAAACGAUGCCGAGGAGAUGUCGUACACAUUGAAGCGUUUGAUUCGUGGCCUUGCAUCGUCUCGCGAUGCCGCGCGCCAAGGUUUCAGCACAGCGCUGACGGCACUCCUGCACCACUUCCCCACCGCCGUCUCUGUCGAGUCGGUGCUGGACUUGCUCCAGUCGACAAUGGACGUGUCUGCAUCUAUGAAAGGCAUGGAGCAGCGGGACCACAUGUUUGGGCGGCUCUUUGGACUCCUCGCCAUCCACGCGUCGGGAAGGCUGGCUGGUGACGCCGACUUGAUCGAGACCGUGUUGGACGAAGUCAUUGUCUUGUCCAAGUGGAAAAAGUGGUUUCGAGAGGUGUGUUUCGAAGGGCUGCUCACGAUUGUGGAAUCGUUGACCCCCGCGACAUUCAUUUCAACGGCGUUGCCCAAGUUGGUAGCAUUGUUGGCUGGCCCAGUCGCACAAUUCAACGCCGACCAGGUUGGCCUCGCCGUCGGGCUUCACCAAUACGUCCACACUCACGCCAUUGCUACCGACGCAAGCGUUGUAGCCGUGCCGGCGAUCACAACCAUCCUGAGUCGACACCACUUGCACCACCUCGUCGAUCCGCUCAAGUCGUCCACGUCCAUCUACCCUCGCUUGCAUUCGUCGUGGCGCCGCGUCGUGGCCCACUUUACGUCCUCGUCCAAGCUCGACGAAGAGCGUUUCCAGGAAAUGUGGUCGGUGCUCGUCGAAGGCAUGCUGGUGGCCCAAGGCUCGUCCCACGAACGACGGGGGACAGCGCUCAAACUGUUUGAAGCGCUCCUGCCAUGCGUUCCUGGCCCGACAUUGCGAGCAAUUUUGACCCCGCACUUCGUCAAGUGCAUUCACAACAACGCCGUGUCCAAGAAGACGUACCUCCACGAAGCCGCAGUGCACGUGCUUCAGACGUUCGUGGCGACGCAACCGAUCGAGUUUUUCCACUUUCUACAGCAUCAUUUUUUGCACCCGUUGACGUGCUUGGUGUCGCAUUUGCCCGACAACGACGACGAUGCGGCCGACAUGAAGAAGAAGGGCGGGUUCGAAGCACUGUUGGCGCUUGAAGAGGACAAGGAGCGCGCGGACUUCCAGGCGAAGCGCAUCACGAGCGCCCGCAUGUGGGCCCUGGACACGAUGUACACCGCCACGCUGAAGUUGCCGGCAGCGACCACGUCGGACGCGGUGUGGAACGCAGCGCUUGGUUUCUUUCUCACGCAUGCAUUUUUUGAACCUGCUGCGGUGGCCAAAAAGGGCAAGAAGAAGGCGGCGGCGGGUGCCACCGCUGAGCCGUCGCCUGCGUUGAGCUCGACAGUGAUCACGGCUCUCGGCAAGCGCGUGUUUGCCUUGCUCGGUCUGGGCAACCAGGUCCUCAAGGACACGACCGUGGCGCUCGACACGAGUGUUCCGUUUCGAUUGUGGCAAUUGUGGGGCGAUUUUACAACGGAAGGCCGCUUGGCACUGAAGACGCCGCUGGCCACCGAACACGCGGCGCAGCGCACGGCGGUCGGCAAGCAGCUCAAGUCGCUCGUGGGCCAAGUGGCUGCCGCUACCGAUAAGAAAGAUGCCCUUCGCCUCAAGGGUUUCACAUUACUCAGUGUGUGCGUGGGUCUGCAGCUGCUGGACCCUGCCCAGCGUGACGAAGCGUCGUCGGUGCUAGUGGAUCUCGCGCGGUGCUUAACCGAACUGAACGCGCCGACAAAGAAAGCGGCCGGAAAGAUGAAGGUCCCGGUGGGGGCAGACGACGACCACCAGCCCGUCGCUGUCUUGACCGACAUGCUGCUCGCGAUGCUGGCGCAAGAGUCGAGCGUGAUGCGUGAUGUUGUAAACCACGUGUUCCGGUCGAUCAUGGAGCAACUGGAUGCGGCGAGUGUUCAAAGCAUGGUUGACGUCGUUGUGAGCUCUGCAGACGACGAGCAAUCGAUGCUUGACAUGGACGAGGAAGACGACGACGAUGGCGCGCCCAUCGACCCAUCCAAGCUCACCAACGUUGCCGACGACCAUGACGCGGACGACGAGGACAUGGAAGAUGAACAAAACGAUGAAGACACGAUCGCGUUGUCCGAGCUCCAGCGCGAAGACGCGGCGCUGUCGGCCAUGGUCGGCCACGUUGCCGAGAAGAAGAAGGCCAAGCAACAUGCCAAGCGGCUGCGCAUGGCGGCGCUGCACUUCAAGGUCCGCGUAUUGGAUCUGCUCCAGGUGUACGCUAGCAGCGCGGGUGCCGUGCAUGCCGUCGACAUGAUCGAGCCGUUGUUCAAGACGUGGACGGCGCUCAAGCCCCAUAGCGACACAUUGGUGUGGAGCGAACGAGUUGGCGCCGUCCUCCACAAGAUUGCGCGCCGCACCAAGGAAGCCGCUACUUGCACGGACAAAGUCGUCGCCGCGUUGGAGGCAGUUCUUACGAUUGCCAGCGCGACCAUUUGUGACAAGAAGCAAGCCGCCGUUGCCGCCGCCCUCGUGACGUACCUCGUGCGUACGGGUCUGAAAGAUGCCAAGACCCACAAUGACCUGGACGCCUCGGCCGUCGCCACUAUCCACGCUGCGGUCGUCCCGUCCAUUUCGACGCUGCUGACCAAGAAACAUGCCAAGCUUCCUCGUGUUGUGCUCGACCACCUUGUGCAAACCGUGCCCGUCAUGGCUGGAUCGUUCUUGUUUGAGUUGUUGUCGUCGCUGGUGGUCGACGACUCGAAGGCCGCGGACGACUUUGCCCGCGCUGAAGUUGUGCGGCACAUGACGGCCCUCCUCAAGACGAAGAACGCGAUCGCUGGGAACGUCCUGGCAUCGUCCGGGCCAGCACUGCAUAACGCGUUGUUGGAGAGCCUGAGCAAAGUCAAAGGCAAGCGCCUCAAGGGCGUCGCCAACUGCACGCAGGCGUUGCUGAAGGCCCGAGUUGACGCCAAGGACGACACGAUCGAUGCGAUCGCGUUGGGAAAGGAACUCCAGGCUCUGCUUGUGGUGGAGGAUGGCGCGACUCCGAGUCCCGUGUUGAAGGGCAUGGUUGCCCAGAUGCUACAAGUGCUGUCGGGCCCGACAAAGGGCGACAAGAAGAAGGCAGACAAGAAGCGAAAGCGGUCAAGUGAUGCCAACGGAAAUGCAACCAGUCAGGAGUAAACUAUAGAUUAUGAUGUGUCGAUAACAACCAACCACCUACCCACGUCC